CCUGAAAAGCUUGAUACCUGUAUCCGCCAGGGUUCGAAAGGGCGUGCAACGCUGAAGGCUUUUCAGGAAUCAUUGGACUGCCGAAACAUGUCUGCCGACGAAACCAAAGCUCCCAACGUAAAAUGCACCCUGGAGAAGAUAGCCAACCUGAUUGAGUGGUUAUCCGGUUACGGUGCAAACCUGCAGCAACCAAUCUCUUACGUUCUUUCAAGGUUCCCGCCAGGCGAGAAACAAGACGCCGAGGAAGCAUUUUUCACGGGACUCAUUCUCUACGGCAUAGAUUGUAAACGUGACCUAGAACGCUAUGCGAAAUACACGAGCGUUCUCUUCAGUGUUGAAAAAGGCGAUAGACGAAACCUGCAUGGUGUCCGGGGCCCUGCCGAACGACCCCAUGUAUGUGAAAUCAAAGUCAAUGCAGAACAGCAGACGGAAUGGACUGCCAUGCAGCUGCUCAGCGUGCCGAUCACAACACCAGCCCAGAUUUUGAAGUCACACUUUGGAUUUCCCGCAAGCAUGCCAGAUCUACCAGGGGUGCUGCAUGGAAUGGCUUGCUCCUGUUUCAUUGUCCUGCAGGUGGCAAACCAGGACUCAAAGAAGCCCCUGACGACAGUGGCCUCCUCACUCAUCAUCCUCGCGAGUCUUGCAUUCAGUGUCGCCGCAUUCGCACUCCAGGACACACUGCAGCCGCAACUGUUAUCCCAGGGCGUCCUUCUGGUCGACUGGAUUGCGCAAUAUCUUGGACGCAUGGACUGCCCAGAGGCCGCCGAGGCUUGUCUUAACUUUGACUACCUUCACACAUACGCCCAGCUGCAGAUCACUUAU